AUGGCCGACACUUCUGAUGGAUCCAAAUCCGAAAAGGCAUUGGACACGGCGUCCGACCAUGUCCUCCCGGCCACGGAGACAGGCUUCGUCGACGAAGUCCUGCCGCUGAACAAUGUGUUCCAGCGGUGGUCGUUACGCAUGGAGCAGAAGCUCGGCCUGGAGGCCCGUGGCAUCGAGCGAGUCCCCGAGGAUGUUCGAGCGAGGAAGACGGUCCUUGGCGACUACGUGCAGAUGGGUCUGGUCUGGUUCUCAGCCAAUCUCACCGCGAAUAACACCAUGCUGGGGCUUCUGGGGCCUUUGGUCUUCUACCUGGGCCUAGCCGAUGGGUUGAUCCUCGCGGCUUUCGGCGCUAUGGCGGGCGCUGCGUGCUCGGCCUACAUCUCGACUUUCGGCCCCAUCAGCGGCAAUCGUACCCUGGUCAUCGCACGAUACACCAUGGGCUGGUGGCCAUCGCGCCUUUGCGUGCUGCUCAACAUCGUUAUCAUGCUGGGGUACGGCCUCAUUGAUCUCCUCAUCGCUGGUCAGAUCAUGUCCCAUAUCAACGGAAAUGGUAUGAGCGUCGUCGUGGGUGUGGUCAUCUCGGCCAUAAUCACCCUGGCCAUCUUGCUCUUUGGCAUCCGGGUAUUCCAUGUGUAUGAGCGGUACGCCUGCAUUCCGCAGCUAGUCGUCCUCUUUGUCGCCGUCGGCUGCGCGGGGCCGUACUUCAAUACCACCGAGCCGUCAACUGGCACCAGCGCGGUGAAGGCCGCCGACAGGAUGUCCUUCUUCUUUCUCUGCAUGUCGGGCUGCCUGGCCUGGGCCCCUGCCUCUGCCGACUUCUACGUCUACUUCCCCCCUGACGCGAAGCGCUGGAAGGUCUUCAUGGCCACCACGCUCGGGAUGGGCCUCUCCUGCGCCUGCACUUACAUGGUCGGCGUCGGCAUCGCUUCCGGCGUUGCAAACACGCCAGGCUGGGCCGAGGCUUACGAAAUCAGCGUUGGGGCGCUCCUCGACCAGUCGUACGCCCCUCUCGGCACCUUUGGGCACGUCUGUUCGUGCAUUGUCGCCCUGGGUUUGAUCUCCAACGUCGUCCCCUCGCUCUACAGCAGCGCCCUAUCCUUCCAGCUCAUCGGGCACUGGCCUGCCCAGCUGCCGCGCCUAUUCUGGGCCAUCAUUAGCGUCGUCAUCUGCACCGUGUGCGCCUGUGCCGGCAGGGACAAGCUCUUCGAGAUUUUCGAGAGCUUCCUCGCCCUCAUAGGCUACUGGACUGCGUUCUGGAUCACAAUGACACUGGAAGAGGAGCUUCUUUUCCGCCGCAAAACAGGCGGCUACGACUGGACCGCUUGGAACGACAGGAAGAGGUUACCCAUCGGGCUGGCAGCUCUGGCCGCCUUCCUCGUCGGCUGGCUGGGCGCGACCUUGGGUAUGUACCAGACAUACUUCACCGGCCCUCUCGGCAAGCUGGUCGGCGACGGAAUCGACUUGGGCUUGCCGGUCAGCUCCUCGUGGGCUGCCAUAGUGUAUCCUCCCCUACGGUGGCUGGAGCUGAGGUUCAUCGGCCGGUAA